CAGUCCGCUCCAACAGAGGCAAUUCCAGUAAAUGAUGGCGUCCAUUGUAUCACGGGCGCUCGCGCUGCUCUGCCUCGUAGUGCUCGCCUCCGCGCUGUCCGGCCACGACCAGACGUCGGCCGGGGCGCUCAUCUUCGUGCUCGCUGGACAGAGCAACAUGGCCGGGCGUGGCGGCGUCUGCGUCGACCGUUGGGACGGCGUCGUACCGCCGCAGUGCCGCCCGAGCCGCUCCAUCCUGCGCCUCGACGCGCGCCUCCGCUGGGAGGUGGCGCGGGAGCCGCUCCACGCCGACAUCGACGUCAACAAGUCCUGCGGCGUCGGCCCCGGCAUGCCCUUCGCCCACGCGCUACUUACCUCCUCCCUCCUCCCUCGCCAGCCGCCGCCGGAGAUCGGCCUGGUUCCCUGCGCCGUCGGCGGGACCAGCAUCCAGGAGUGGGCGCGCGGGACGGCACUGUACGGCAGCUUAGUGCUGCGAGCGAGGUCGGCGACGGCGGCGGGGAGGCUGGCGGCGGUGCUCUGGUAUCAGGGCGAGAGCGACACAGUGGCGCGCGAGGACGCGGAGGCCUACGGGGGACGCAUGGAGAGGCUGAUACAGGACCUGCGGGCGGAUCUCUUCUCGCCGGAGCUGCGCCUGAUCCAGGUGGCUCUUGCGUCAGGAGAAGGCAAUUUCACAGAAGUGGUAAGGCAGGCGCAGAAGGGCAUCAAGCUCCCUAAUGUCGCCUGUGUUGACGGCAGAGGAUUGCCACUCGAGGCAGAUCAUGUUCACCUGACGACCAAAGCCCAAGUGAAGCUUGGGAAGAUGCUCGCAGAAGCCUACUUGAGCUUAACUGUAAUGGCGGAUUAACGUUUCCAUUCAUUACUCGACAUCGAGCUCACUGCUAAACUCACCCUCAGUUCCUCAGAUCUCAAGUUGGGUUUCAUGUGUUCUAGCAAUUACUUCAAUAAUGGUUUUCAUUUGCUCCAAUGUCAGGGAAUUAAGUAAACGAAGCUAUGAAGAUAGGAAAACUAUAGAAAUUGCAAAUGCAGAGUAAAGACUGCUUAUUUUCUAAAA